AUGCAGAGAAUAGAAGAGAAAGAGGCUCUGUCUGUGUGGUGGCACAAUUUAGGUUGAUUGUAGUCCCUCUGCACUUUGACUCGGGGUGGAUUUGUUUGCCGGAGGCAGUUCCUGAGCUGGCGCAAGCAAUUGGCUGCUGGUGUACCUCUGCGUGUGUGUAAUUUUUUUUUUCCUUACUCGCUCUUCACACGUUCUGAAUAGGAAGAAAAUAUGCUGUCGUAUGAGUACAGGAACCUAAAGUCACAACGCGGCUUUAGAGAUCACCAACAUGUUUGAAGAUUAACCAGGCUGUUCAUGAGAUUUAGAAGAUCCACGCCAGCGCAAGCGAGACAUUCCGAAUCUACUCUGAGAGCACGCAGAAGAGAACGGACUUUUUCUCCUGCAGUGGACCAGUGAAGAGGGGGACCCACGCAAUUCGGCGACAUGGGAGAGAAGAGGGUGUCGCGAUGGUACUUCGGGGGCAUCGCCUCUUGCGGCGCUGCCUGCUGCACGCACCCGCUGGACCUUGUCAAGGUGCACCUGCAGACGCAGCAGGAGGUGAAGAUGCGGAUGGUGGGCAUGGCGAUGCACGUGGUGCGGAAUGACGGGGUGCUGGCGCUCUACAAUGGGCUCAGUGCCUCCCUCUGCAGGCAGAUGUCAUACUCGCUGACUCGCUUUGCCAUAUACGAGACGGUGCGGGACAUGAUGGGCGGGUCCAAGCAGGGCCCCAUGCCAUUCUACCAGAAAGUCCUGUUGGGUGCCUUCGGAGGCUUCACUGGGGGCUUUAUUGGGACCCCUGCAGACAUGGUCAACGUCAGAAUGCAGAAUGAUGUUAAACUGCCACCAGAACUGAGGAGAAAUUACGCCCAUGCACUGGACGGGUUGUUCCGAGUCUGGAAAGAGGAGGGAGUGAGGAAGCUGUUCUCUGGAGCCACCAUGGCCUCCAGCAGAGGGGCACUGGUCACUGUGGGACAGCUCUCCUGCUAUGACCAGGCCAAGCAGCUGGUGCUUAGUACUGGGGUCAUGUCCGACAACAUCUUCACCCACUUCCUGGCCAGCUUCAUCGCAGGAGGCUGUGCUACCUUCCUCUGUCAGCCACUGGAUGUGCUUAAGACAAGACUCAUGAACUCUAAAGGGGAAUAUACGGGUGUGAUGCACUGCCUAACAGAGACAGCAAAACUGGGACCCCUGGCUUUCUACAAGGGCCUUGUUCCAGCAGGAAUCCGCCUGAUCCCUCACACCGUGCUGACCUUCAUCUUCUUGGAGCAGCUGCGCAAGUACUUUGGCAUCGUUGUCGUCACCUGAGCGUGACGCGUGACCUUUGACACACCGGUCAUCUUGACCGCACAACUGCCCUGCCCGCCGUCACCACCCCUGUCCCCCUGAUCGCUAGGUAGAUGGGCAAGACAACAGUGACCACACCCCCUUCUCUUCCCUGACACAACCCUAACAAGACAUCUCCAGAAACCACCACAGAGACCCAAUUCUCACGCAUGCUGAGAUCCAGUUCACACACCCUGAGACCAAAUUUUCUGACAUACAGGGGAACCAGAUAACAUACAUACUGAUGUCAAUUCACACAUACAUACACACACUCUGAGAACCAGUUUACACACACUGAGAUCCAAUCUCUCUCUCUCACACGCAAACACAAAAUCCCAAAGCACCCAAAGACUGAGCCACACUGAGGCAGAUACAGUGAACCGACAUCUCCUUUCACACUGAGACUCCAACUGGAAGACUGAUAGCUCCCCUAUGGGCUGGGAGGUGGAAGUGCUUUCUCAUUCCUCAUCAUUCCAGUAGUACUGUACUGUAAACCGCCCCAGGUAGAGUUGACUGAAGCCUUCCUUCAGGUAGUUACAUCUGCUGAGCUGCUAAUCUGCUUUAUCUCAAAAUUGCACCGCCAGUGAAACAAGCCAUUUUUUCCCUUUGC